GGUCCCUCGCCCACAAAAAGGGGAAACCCAGCCUUGGGGGGAGGGGGAGGGGCAGGUUGCCCCUGGCGCCCCUGCUUGGCGCGCGUCACAGCGCGGUCCACCCAAUAGCGGCGGGGAUUCCCGGCCAGGCCACGCCCCUUCUCCCCUACCUUCACGUGGCCCCCGGAGCUCGGCUGCCGCCGCCGCCGCUGCUCCUGCUUUGCCCGCCGCCGGCUCGGGCGGGUUGGGCGGCUCGGCCGUUAGGCUACCGGGCGGAAACUGCGUGGGGCCCCCCAUGGCCGAGGGCAGCGGCCGGCCGGGACGGUGAUGGAGGAGCCGGCUCGGAGUUUGCCGCUUUGGGCUUCCCGCUGCGGCCGCAGCCUCCGCCGCCUGCUGCCCGUCGGCGCUUGGCAGGAGGCCCGGGAGCUGAUCAAGAUCGGCGGGCCCGUGUUCACAGCCCAGCUGUUGGGCUUCUUGAUCAGCGUGGUGAGCUCCAUCUUCUGCGGUCAUCUGGGCAAGAUCGAACUUGAUGCCGUCACCGUUGCAGUCUCGGUGGUCAAUGUGAUUGGCAUUUCGGUGGGGACCGGCUUGGCAUCGGUGUGCGAUACCCUCAUGUCCCAGACUUACGGGAGUAAAAACAUGAAGAGAGUCGGGAUCAUUUUGCAACGUGGCAUCCUCAUCCUGCUGCUUUUCUGCUUUCCCUGCUGGGCACUUUUUGUUAACACCGAGCAGAUCCUGCUGCUUUUCCGACAGGAUCCCGAAGUCUCCAGAUUAACCCACAUUUACGUCAUGAUCUUCAUUCCAGCCCUACCAGCGGCGUUCAUCUACCAGCUGGAAACACGCUAUUUGCAAAGUCAGGCUGUCCUCUUGCCUCAGGUGGUGACCGGCGUGGUGGUGAAUGUGUUGAACGUGAUCAUGAAUGCCGUCUUCUUGCACAUCUUCAAGCUGGGCGUGGUAGGUUCAGCCUGGGCCAACACCCUUUCACAGAAUCUGCAAGCGUUUCUCCUCUUCCUCUUCAUCUGGUGGAGAAAGAUCCACAAGGAGACCUGGGGAGGCUGGACGAUGGACUGUCUGCAGGAAUGGGGUCCCUUCGUCCGGCUGGCCCUGCCCAGCAUGUUUAUGAUCUGCAUUGAGUGGUGGACUUUUGAGAUUGGCAGCUUCCUCGCAGGAUUAAUGAGUACGGUUGAAUUAGGGGCUCAAUCCAUCAUCUACGAACUGUCGACCAUCGCGUAUCUGCUACCACAGGGGAUGAGCGUGGCUUCCAGUGUCCGCGUGGGUAACGCCUUAGGCGCCGGAGAUGUUGACCAGGCUAAGAGGUCAUGCAUUAUGGCCCUCCUUUGCACCGGGGUUCUUGCGGUGGUUUUCGCUGGGCUGCUGGCAGCUGUGAAGGACGUGGUGGCCUACAUCUUCACCAACGACCUAGAGAUCGUGUCUUUGGUGUCCAAAGUGAUGCUAAUCUUUUCCCCUUUUCACCUGUUCGAUGCCACCGCGGCCACUUGCGGAGGUGUGCUGAGGGGUGCCGGCAAGCAGAAAAUUGGCGCCAUCGCCAACGCGGUAGGCUACUACGUCAUCGGAUUGCCCAUCGGGAUUACGCUGAUGUUCGUGUACAAGCUUGGUGUAAUGGGCCUGUGGACCGGUUUGAUCGUUUGCAUCUCUCUGCAAGCGGCAUCUUUUUUGCUUGUCGUCUUGCGCAUGAACUGGAAAAAAGCCGCCGAAGAGGCCCAGAUCCGAGCUGGAUUAACAGACCGACUAGGAAGUCCUCAGCAGUCUUCCGGUGCGGAUUAUCUUGUGAUGAAUCUGGAGGUGCCCAACGGAGAUACCCUCAGUUGUCUUGUCCACCAGGGCGAAAACUUAGCGGACCAUCAGCCCAUUCCCAGCGAACAGAUGCCCCCAUUCAUGGUUUCCCCAAUGCCAGGGGCCUUAUCCUGCAGGCACCUUGUUUUCCGGCGUGGACUGGCACUGCUGUUAGCAGUCGCCAUCUUGAUUUUGGGGAUUGUCAUCCAUCUCCUUCUCUGAGAACGGCGGAGCUGUGCAGCACGGGAGGACCAGACAAGGCAGCCAAUUCGAAUGGGCGUCCUGCUCACUCAUCAGCGUUCAUCCCAGAGGAUCUAAGAGUGACUCAGCCUUGGAUCUGAUCUCCAAAGAUAGUUGCUCCUCUACGAUCAGCCUGGACCAAUGAUGGGGUCACCCAUUUGAUGUUGUUAAGGGAUGGAAAGACUUAACUCACCUUUCAAGGCGUUUGGAAAAUCACAUUGGAAUAAAUCCAGGUGUUUAAUUUUUUUCAAAAAAAAAAAAUUGGUGUUUUCUAUUUUAACCUUUUUUGAAUAAAAUAAAAAUAGAUAUUAAAAAGGAAA